GUUGCGGAGGGAGGGGGGGGGGAGUCACCCCCUCCCGCCCGAGCGAGUGCGGAGCCGAGCGCCCGCCAUCUGCUGGCCGCCUUCACGGCGGACGGAGGGAAGGAAAGGAUCGCUGAAAAUCUCCACAGAUCUCGUCCCUCUCUUCAUUAACUAAACAUUAACCGCGAAAGAGGGAGAUUUUUACAUCGAAGUGUUGUGUUUCGGAGGCGGAGGAGAAGGUUUUUUUUUUAAUUUUACCUCAGCGUCGGCGGGCGGAUCUGAGGAGGGAUGGAGUGAGUUGUUGUUGUUCAUCCCCCCUCCUCCUCCCGCCGCCUUUCUCUCCCUUCCACCUCGCUCCCGGAGUGUGCAGGCUGCGGGAUCAGACGCAGGCUCCGGCUCCGGCUCCAGCCCGAUGGCGGCGGCGGCGGUGAACUACUCGCCCCCAUGGUGGGUCAACCUGCUCCACCGUCUCCCUCACUUCAGCCUCCAGCUGGAGGUUGUCAACAGCGACUUCCACCCCGAGGACACCCAGUACCAGCAGUCACUCCUGCUGUUGGGUGGAAUUGCUCUCGUUUGUCUGGCUCUCAACCUCCUCUUCCUUCUCUUCUAUUCCUUUUGGCUCUGCUGUCGGCGGAAGAGUGAAGAUCAGCCAAAUGCAGACUGUUGCUGUACAGCAUGGUGUGUGAUCAUAGCAACACUGGUGUGCAGUGCAGGGAUCGCUGUUGGCUUCUAUGGUAAUGGAGAAACCAGCGAUGGCGUCUUCAGGCUUGCCUAUUCAAUGAGACACGCAAACCGCACUAUAACUGGAGUUGAGUACCUGGUUUCUGAGAGCAAUCGAGAUCUGAAUCGGACGGUAGAAGGAAGCCUUCGUACCUUGCAGGAUUUGUUUGCAAAGGAACCACGAUAUCUAGAGAGAGUGCUGAAGAUAAAGGAUCUUCUUGGAAAUCUAGGUCGACAGCUCACUAAAAUUCCAUUUUGGGAAAGGAGCGACGUCUCUUUGGAAGAUCUGGCUGUUCUGAUGGAGAUGUAUGACUAUUACAGGUGGUUGGGAUAUCUCGGCCUGCUACUUUUUGAUGUUCUUAUCUGUCUAUUGGUGCUGUUUGGAUUAAUUAGAAACUCGAAAGCAAUCCUUAUUUGUGCUGCUCUCCUGGGAGUGUUAACCUUGAUUAUCAGCUGGAGUUCUCUAGGCCUGGAACUGGCAGUCUCAGUGGGUUCAAGUGAUUUCUGUGUAUCUCCAGAUGUAUACGUUUCCAAAAUGGUGGACAGACUUGGUCUUAUUGCAAAAGAUGCUUUAAAUUAUUACCUGGUAUGCAACAUUGGAUACCCAAAUCCUUUUCAGCACAAACUGUCCAGCAGCCAUAAAGCUCUGGUGGAGAUGCAGGAUCAUGUCUCUGAACUUCUAAAGUCAGCUGUUCCAGAGUUCCCUUCUUCUCGUGAAUAUCUGGAUCGGACUCAAAUAGUAUUGAACUCUACAGAGACCACCCUGCAGCAGUUGACUGCUCUGGUUGAUUGUCGAAGUCUUCACAUGGAUUAUGUGCAGGCUCUGACAGGACUGUGCUAUGAUGGUGUGGAGGGUCUAAUUUAUUUGGUUUUAUUCUCCUUCGUAACUGCACUGAUGUUGAGUUCGAUUGUCUGCAGUGUUCCUCACACAUGGAAGCAGAGCAAGAGGAGUCAUGUCGAUGACGAUGGAGAUGAUGAUAUUGUGAACCCUCAAGGAAGCCGCCAACAGCACGACAAUCUGUACAGAGUUCACAUGCCCAGUCUCUACAGCUGUGGGAGCAGUUUCGGUAGUGAGACCAGUAUCCCUGCUGCAGCACAUACAGUCAGCAAUGCCCCUGUCACGGAAUACAUGAGCCAGAACACAACUUAUCAGAAUCCACGAUGUGAGAACACACCUCUGAUUGGUAGAGAAUCACCACCUCCUUCUCUGUAUUUGGCUGCUCUGGAGACUGACAGCCAUCUGCGCUGGCAGCCAAAGAACUGCAACAGUGCGAGACGAACUCUUACUGAUAAAGAAGGCAGCAAAGCAGAACAGUAUUCAAACAGCAUGAGAGCCAAAUACCUUGCUACAAACGGGCCUGAAACCAGCAGUGUCCACUAAGACCACGGGAAGAGAGAGAAAAAAUGGAACUUCUAUGUAUCCAAUGCCAUUAAUACAGUUUUACUAACUUGAUCGUAGCACUAUUCUAUCAGUUGUACAGUUGCACUGUAAAAGGUAGAUUGAUUACAAGGAAUGAAGAAAUUCUGCCAACAUAGAUUGUGUUAUGGAUGCCUAGGGGGGGUGUGUCGUCAAGUCUGUAGACCCUGCACAACCUUAUCUGUACCAAUAUCACAGUUUACAUCAUUCCAGUUCAUUUCAGUGUAAUGUUCUCUCAUUUCUAGGUUGCAACAAGAAAUGCCAAGGUAUGUGAGUGCUCCGUCUGGUCUGCGAUUAUCUGAACAAAAUGACAAUUGGUAUUCGCCUGUUGUAACAAUUGUAAAGUGCACCGAUCAUUGCAGAUCAAUAAGCAAUAGUUCAGAUCAAAGUAAAAUCUGUACUUAUCUGGAAUAGUUCAGAGAUAGGAUGCCAAAAUAUCAACUGCAUAUAUGCUGUUUUAAAAGUGUCACAGAAUCCCUGAAUGACAGAAAUAGAAAUGUAGAGAGACUUGAUUGAUUAUCACCAGUUGUUGAUAAUUGAAGUCUGUGGUCUUUUGAAUUUGCUUUGGUUGUAAUAUAACUUUUAACCACUCAUAAGUUCACCGUAUAGUAGGUGUUCUUACUGUGAUAUGGGUAUGUAUUGCCACAGAUUAUUGUGUAAAUAUUGGGGUAAAUGCACUAAAAUUGCUCUGAAAGUUAGCCAACAUUAGUAGCUAAUCAAUGAUCAAUGUGGUUAACCUGAUUCUAGUUAUCACUGGUGAUUCAUGUAUUCUUGAUUAAGAGUUGCUUACAAAGCUAAAAAAAAACCUCAUCAAUAAAUGGCCUGUCCUCUUUGACAGAUGCAUGUCUUUAAUAUUACUUGGCAAAUGUUUUGUUGCACAUAAGAACAUUUUAGCCUUUAGGCAAAUAGUAAAGAGCCUAUGUUGCGGCCAUCCACCCUCUGUUUAAUGUGUCUGCUGAUAUUUUAACAAUGGUGCUGUUUUGAUAAUCGAGUCAGUUACAUAUAGAACGCACUAGGUAGUUUUGGCUUCAGGAAGAAACAUUCCUCCUUUGAGUUUCAGGGAUUUUGUUUGGUAUCAAAGUCUGAAAUAAAAGUACUCAACUUUUACACCACCAUCUCAAAUCCCUGGGAGACUUUUUAAACAAAAAAAAAUCUUUAUUUUGUUGUCUUUCUAUAUUUCAAUACGUGGCAGCUGAGCAAUAAUCCUUUAAAUCUGAUUGAAACAUUCCAUAAACUCAAUCUUUCACCCAGGUCCAUGUUUAACAUGUUCUGGUGAAAGAUGCACAUUUGAUUUAAUUCUAAUGCUAUCCCAUCACUUAUCCUAUAUUUUUAAAACAUCUCUAUUUUGAGCCUCUUAGUGACACUCAAUACCAAUCACUGUACUUGCAAACCACAAUGAUGUUGAUUAUUUUUUUUUCUAAGAUUCUUGAGAAUUAUGCUCUGAUGUACCAAAUUGGGAAUGUUCCACGUGUACUGUCUGCCAGAAAUGCUGGGGAUUCUAGAGCAGGUAGGAAUAAUAUUCAACCAUGUAAAAUGGCUUCAUGUCAAAGACUGAUGCUGUCAUUUUUUGCAAUCUGUUAGUGCUGAACACAAUGAAAAGCUCUGUGAUAGUUUGCAUACUUUAUGAAUGAAAUGCUGUAAAUCAGGAAAACCUAAAAUUAAAACCUCUAAAUAGAAAGUUUACAUUGUCCCAACUUGGUAAAGUAGAAAUCCUCACUUCUAAUCCAUUCUCAUGUGAACGUGACCCUACCACACUCCAGUCAUCUCUGUUGAGACAUAAUGUCAUUAAUAUACCUCCAAUCGGUGAAGUUCCAAAUAGGUUCCACAAGUUGCAGCUAUUCCAAUGCUAAAUGAUAGUGUGCAUAUUUUAGCCUAAUAUCCCAGCACUUGCCCCUUGAAUACAGUGCUGUGGACUGCAAUUGUGCUUUAAACCAACCUGAGCCACACCCUGUCAGCAGCCAGAAGCCACAUCUUCACUACAGAAGCAAACUUCAAUUUACCAUAUGUCAAAAUGAAAAGGAGAACUUGCUUGCUUUAUUUUUCACACCAUGAAUCAUGUUAGUUAUAUUUUUCUUUGAGUUAUUCAGUGUGGGCUAUGUGUAAAACUGUUUUUACGAUCUGAGAUAUUUUAAAAUUCCGUCCAAUUUGCAAGAAGUGAGUGAUUGUCGCUGAGCUUAUUUUCUGUGAGAAAAUCAAAAGGACUGUGGUGAGUUCAGCUGCAUAAAAAAACCUCGCACUCGAUCACUCGCUAGAAGCACAAUCUCAUUUUAAUUCUGUAAAACGUGGGUUUGUUUUUACUCCUUGGGAGAGCACACAUCAACCAUGCAACCUUGAAAAUGUGAAUACAGGAAACACCUGGGUAUAAAAUUGACCAUCAAUCAGGAUCUUGUGGUGAUUGUAAGAUAUUUACUGUGAAUUUAUUAAGCACUGCAGGUUUACAUUUGUGGUGCCCUCUCUGUAUGUAAUACAUAAUGUAUUCUCUUGCUGGCAUGUGGACUCGAGUACUGAAUUUCCAGCCAGCAUUUUUACCAAAUUUGUAUUGGAAAUGUAUCUAUUACAUUCUGACCCAGGUCGGUGAAAAUUAGUGAAGAUAAAAUACAUACAAUUUCAAGCUGUCUGCAUUUAGUUUAAUUUCUCAUCAACUAACCGAUAAUACUUAUAAACUAUUUAUUUCCAGAAAGCCUUUUGAUUAAUCGAUAACUGAAGAUUGGAACUGUUGUAACAAAAGUCAAAUUUGGUUCUGAGAUUUGUGCAAUAAUGUGAGUGACAUAUUCUUGCACAAAAUAAUAAAUGCUAACUCAUUUUAAUACCAAACUGAUUGAAUGUGAUAUCUCCCAGUUCAAUAGUGAGAUGGAAUUAAAAAUCAAAAUCAAAACUAUGUGGUGAAAAAUAAUUGUUCCACGCACUAUUUCAAUGAUACUGGUUACUGCGAUUAAUCCCCAAAAACGUAUUAAAAACAGCCCCAUUUCACACUGAUCCUAUUACCUUGCUCUUCAGCAGCAGAACUCCUUUAUACUAACACUGACCAAUUUUAAAGUGUAGCACACAUGGUUAUUGUUUUUUAGUUUUGUUCAAAAGGUUAAAUGAUUGCCAUCAAAAGAGAAAACUAGUUCUAAUCGUCACUGAAGUAUGUCUUAAAAUCAUCGUGAAUGCUGGCAGGUGAAAUGUAAAAAGAACAUUGAGUCCUGCGUAAUCUAUUUAGUUACAUUGUGAACCAGAGUUACUCUGUUGUGUUAGUGAGACAAUCCUUGAGUGUUUCCAUUGAAAUUUUACCAUUUGUAGAAAACUAUAUCCACAAACGAAUAACUUGCACGAACAGUUUUUAAUCAUUUCAAACAACUUGUUGUGUACCAUACAGCUUCAAUUUUUACUUACAUAAUAUAUAACAAAACUGGUAAAUGUAGUAUUUCGUAAUAGUGUAGUUUUGUGAAGCCUGUUUUUAAAACAGCAUUUUUUUAUUAAAAGAGGGGAAUGAUCCUGUGUACUAUUGCUCAUUAUUAUUUUUGCUAAAAUUGCUGUAGCUCUUAAUAGAUUUAUAACAUUUUAAAACUUCUUUUUCCAAUGAGUAAAAUGUUGCAAAUGUCAAACCUGUGGUUUUCAUGAGCUUGAACUAAAUGUUUUCAAAAUGAAACUAAUAAAGUUUGUUGAACUUGCCAA